AUGAAGCUCGCCCUCGUUCCUUUGCUGGCCGCCAUCGGUACCACCGCUGCUCCCGUCCACCACCAAGAGCGUCGGGAAGAGCUUCACGCUGCUCGUCAUGGCACCCUCCCUCUUGAGAUGUUGCCCAUGCUCCCGACAGAUGCCCUCCACCCACUCGAACGUGCGACUUCGAGCGCCUUCUCGCUGAUCGAUGUGCCAUGCGCAAGAGCGAUUGUCGAUAUGGGUCUGAUCCUCACAUCUCGCACCCGUCCACUCACCUCGCAUAUCUACGACACUGACUGGUUUGCGCUAUCUCUACUCACUCAGUUCACAUCACCGGACCACCUCCUGGAGUACGAGCCGAGCAUGGCCCCCUUAGCUAUCCCCGUCCCCUUCCCGGGGCCGUAUCCCAGCCUCCGCGACCCCGACGUCCCCGGAAUCACAUUCAGCAAAGAGAAAGGUUGGGUCUUUCACGGUGCACCCGACAACAUGAACUUCGUCCUUCCCAUGGGCACAAUCGGCGGCGACAUCUAUCCUCGCACCAUCACGCUCACGAACCAACACCAUGAACAGGAGGACACCUCACUGAACAAGAUGAUCUGGGGUGGUUUGCCAAUCACUAAAACCGAACUUGAUGCGGUCGAGCAGGCCGUCGAUGACAACUUGAAGGACCUCAACAAUCUCGAACCGGGCCGCUUGCAGCAGCGUAUCACUGACUUCGAGGCGAAGCGUGCCAAGGCGUGCGUCGGCGUUCUCAUGCGUAUCCUUCACGAGGAAGAACUUGCUGCGGACGACCCCGCCGAUCUGUACCUCAAUCUGGCGCAGGCUCCCAAAUGGGAACCGCUGACCCAAGCUCUUUACCGCACCAGCAAUCUCGUCAGUGACAUCGACCCUCUCAGCCACAUCUCCGUGGCCGCGCUGUAUGCCCUCAGCCUUCUCGAGCUUCAUCCAUGGAUCAACUCUCCGAUCCUCGUUAACUCCGACCCAGCUUUCGCAGUCAUUGCCCCCCUUCAGCGUCAGCUGUGGGGCAGCCUUGCCGAAGCGUGUCUCACCCAUGCUCAGUCCCUCUUGGGACCCGAUGAAGACGCAGCGGCCAGGUGGGCCAAACAUGCGCUGCGUGUGUCCCAGAUCUGCCUCAGCGACCGUUACAUUACCCGCGACAGGCUCUUCAGCGCAUUCCAAGGUGCGCUGUCUCCUCCAGCUCUUCUUCGUAUACAUCAGCUGACAAAAGUCAUGUCGCUCGCGCAGAUCGUGAGCGUGCCCCCCACCGAACGCCGCGUCUGGGCCACCGAGGCGUGCACGCCCGCGCAAGCCGAGGCGAAGCUCCGUGACGGCCAGUCUCUCAUGCGCAUCGCAUGGUCAUCUCUCUACCUGCUCGCCGAGUUUGGCACGGACUGGGACCGCAAGAGCGACAGGGCACACGACAACUGCCUCACCUCUCACACGUGUGGGACCUAUGAUCGGUUCGUCAACUUCAUGCAGGACGAGUUUGCGCAGAAACAGGUCCACGGGGUCGGCCACAUGGCCAUCUACUACGACCCCACGCCUUGCGGGCUCAAGAACGGUCUGCCUCACUACUGCUGCGAGCGCGGUGGUUGUGGAGUGAAGCCCAAGGAGCUCUGCAUAGUCACGCCGUGA